CGCCAGCCAAGCACAGCUGAUUCAACGUGUCAACUAAUUAUCAGAUUAUCGUUGAGUUGAACUGGGUGUGCUUGUCAAGGGCUUAAACAAAAAUGUGUGCUGUUAGGGGUACUCAAAGACCAGAGAUUUCUGACAGCGACAGCGACUUGGAAUCGGCAACCCCUCUGAAGCCUCGACCCAAACGGCGUCGUAUCAUCGAUCCAUCCUCAAUUACCACUGUGCCCAUCUACUCAAACAAGGUGAACAGCAGCUUACAGCUGAACCCAACGGUCUUCACAUGUGAUGUUGAUGCAGGUGACGACGCAGAGGAGGUCAGUUUAUGGGCCAAAUCUCCACCCUCAAAGACGAAGGAGCAAAUGAACAUUUCUUUAAGUGACUCAGAGGAGGAUUCGAAGCCAGAGGACAAAGAUUUGCUGGACCAGCGCUCUCCCUCUCCACCACCACCUCCAGGCAGUCCUGUUGCAAAAGUAUCUAAACGGGCUAAUCGAAAGAUUCUAGAGAUCAACAGGAAGCUGAAUGCGGUUGGCUCUCUCUUCUCUCCCGAGGCCCAUGGGAGGUCAGGACACCGCCAACGUGCUUCCCCACCUCUUAAUGCAUACGAUGACGAUGACAUCAUCUUGAUGUCCCCAAACUCCCAACCCUGGAGCCUGCUCCCUGACCCGACCCAAGGCCACAGCCCCAUAUCAUCUCGAGAGAUCCCCCUCAAGUUUCGCAGCCGUACAGACCUCUACAAGAUCCCUGUGUUAUCUGUAAGAACCGCGCCACUAAGCCAAGCGGUGGAGGAGCUCGCAGUCAAGCUCAAAGUCCCACCUUCGCGUAUCCUGCUGCUGAGGAGAGAUAUAGAACUUCCUGUCCACUCCACAGCCAAUGAGCUGGGCUUGGGCAUUGCUGACAUCAUUGAUUGCGUCGUAAUAGCAGCAGAUGAGCCGGAGAAAAGCAGCGACAUGCUUACUGUGCGACUGCAGGGCAAGGACAAAGGCUCGAUGCGAGAAUAUUCCAUACACAAAGAUGCCCCCAUGGGCUCCAUCCUCUCCCUGUAUAUCUCUGGUCUGCCUGUGGAGACCAGACGAAAAGUGCGUUUCCAGUUUGAUGGGUCAAAGAUAACGAACAGCCAGACACCCUCACAGCUGGGCAUGGAGGAUGGUGAUGUCAUUGAGGUGUGGGCAUAAACACCAAAGUUGUAAAGAAUAUUGGAAUUGUUGUAAAAAUAUUGGAAUUGGGCAGCAUUCUUUUUUUAAUGUCAGACAUUGAGAAUGUUGCACUUUUUCUCAUUCAGGUUUGUCAGUUUAUAUGGUAUUUAUGUGUUUUGAAACCUUUUUGGAAUAAAAAUGUAUUUCUUCAUUUAAAUGCACUAUUGAUUGUAUGUGGUCGGCUGGUGGACAGGCUCGUUGUAAUGGCACAAACUGAUUUUGGGAAUGAUCUCAAAUGCAUCACACACUUGGUUUGAUGUUUGAUUUAGUUUCAUUCAUUUUCCAGACAUUAAACAUUACGAGCCGUCCUACUAUUGUCAAGCAUUUUCAUGUUUACCGGGUCAUUUGAAUAAAAUAAGUGUGGAUUUAUUACUCAA